CCCACGCUUUUGAAAACAUUGGUGGGAGAGGAAAUAUCCUAUUUUUUUUUUUUCACAUUUUACCAAAGAAAAAAAAGUACGCCACCCCACCUUUUUUUUUGGAUAAAAAGUAGAGACGAACUUUUUUUUUUUUUUUUUUUCUUACUCCCCACUCUUCAUUCAAUUAUAACAAAAAACCCAGUUCAAUUAAUAAUGUCGUUUGCUACCAGAAUGUGGGCACGUCGACUCGUCAAUGCAGCUACCGCCACCACUCGCACCUCCAUGCUUAGACCUCGUGCUAUGCCUUUGAAGGCAUACCAACCUUUCCGCACCAUGGCCACUGCUGCCAAUCAAGGAUUUGCUGGUGAUAUCCCCAUCACCACCAUCACUGAAGAUACCGAAUUCGGUGUUGUUGUGGAUGAGGAUGAAAGCAGAAUGCGUAACUUCACUGUCAAUUUUGGACCUCAGCAUCCUGCUGCUCAUGGUGUGUUACGUCUUAUUCUUGAAUUAAACGGUGAAGAGAUUGUACGUGCUGAUCCUCAUAUCGGUUUAUUGCAUCGUGGUACCGAAAAGUUGAUUGAAUACAAGACAUAUCUUCAAGCUUUACCUUAUUUUGAUCGUCUCGAUUACGUUUCCAUCAUGACCAACGAACAAGCCUAUUCCUUGGCUGUCGAGAAACUUUUGAACAUUGAGGUACCUGAACGUGCCAAGUAUAUUCGUACCAUGUUUGGUGAAAUCACCCGUGUCUUAAACCAUAUCAUGGCUGUCAUGACCCAUGCUAUGGAUGUUGGUGCUUUAACCCCUUUGCUUUGGAUGUUCGAGGAGCGUGAAAAGUUGAUGGAGUUCUACGAACGUUGUUCCGGUGCCCGUCUUCACGCUGCCUACGUUCGUCCCGGUGGUGUCUCCCUUGAUAUCCCUCUUGGUCUCUUGGCCGAUAUCCAUGAUUGGUCUGAACAAUUCGGCGAUCGUAUCGAUGAGAUUGAGGAACUCUUGACCGGUAACCGUAUCUGGCAGAUCCGUACUCGUGAUAUUGGUAUCGUCACCAAGCAAGAAGCUGAGGACUGGGGUUUCUCCGGUGUCCUCGUUCGUGGUUCUGGUAUCAAGUGGGAUCUCCGUAAGACCAACCCUUAUGAUGCUUAUGAUAAGGUCGAGUUCGAUGUCCCUAUCGGUCAAAACGGUGACUGUUUCGAUCGUUACCUCUGUCGUAUGGAAGAAAUGCGUCAAUCCAUUCGUAUCAUCCAUCAAUGUGUCAACCAAAUGCCUGAAGGUCCCAUCAAGACCGAUGAUUGGAAGGUCACCCCUCCUCCUCGUGCUGCCAUGAAGGAAGAUAUGGAGGCUUUAAUCCAUCAUUUCAAGUUCUAUUCAGAAGGUUUCUCUGUCCCUGCUGGUGAAACCUAUACCGUCGUUGAAGCCCCCAAGGGUGAAUUCGGUGUCUUUUUGGUUUCUGAUGGUUCUAACAGACCUUACAGAUGCAAGAUCAGAGCUCCUGGUUUCGCACAUCUUCAAGGUGCUGAUUUCAUGUCUCGUAACCAUUUACUUCCUGAUAUGGUUACCAUUAUCGGUACCAUGGAUAUUGUCUUUGGUGAAGUUGAUCGUUAAACUUAGAUUUUCAAACAAAUCCUCCCCACCCCCUCCAUGCCUUUUUUUAAAAAACAAAAAAAUAAAAAAUACAAUAAAAAAUAAAAUUACAAUCAUCUUUUUUUUU